CGUCGCUCCAUUCCUUCCUUUCCCUUCCUCCAUACCUCUUUCUCUCUCAUCUUCAUCGCUCUCUCACUCUCUCUCUCUCUAUCCUGAUCUAAUAUCUACAAUUUCGUUGAUCGUUAGAAGCGUCAGGCGAGUCUACCUAAGUGGAGGACAAUCGGGAAACAUGGACGGUGGUCAAGAAAGCGCCGCCGCGGCUGCCGGGAAUUCGCCGCCGCCUUUUCUGAGCAAAACGUACGAUAUGGUGGAGGAUCCGUCGACGGACGCCGUGGUGUCCUGGAGCAAGAGCAAUAACAGUUUCGUCGUGUGGAACGUCCCCGAGUUCGCCAAAGAUAUUUUGCCCAAGUACUUCAAGCACAACAAUUUCUCCAGUUUUGUCAGACAAUUGAACACUUACGGGUUCAGGAAAGUCGACCCUGAUCGCUGGGAGUUUGCUAAUGAGGGAUUUCUUAGAGGUCAUAGACACCUCUUAAAGAGUAUAACCAGGAGAAAGCAUGUGCAGUCACAUCAACAACCGCCUCAAGUUCAAAACAGUUCAGUUGGAUCAUGUGUUGAAGUUGGGAAAUUUGGGCUAGAGGAAGAGGUGGAUAGGCUUAAAAGAGAUAAAAAUAUUCUCAUGCAGGAGCUUGUGAAGUUGAGACAACAGCAGCAGGCAACAGAUCACCAGUUGCAGAAUGUUGGGCAGAAGGUUCAUAUGAUGGAACAGCGGCAGCAGCAAAUGAUGUCAUUCCUUGCAAAGGCCAUGCAAAGCCCUAGUUUUGUAGCCCAGAUGGUUCAUCAGCAGAGUGACAACAUGCGCAUUUCUGGAGUGAAUAAGAAAAGGAGGCUCCCUAAUCAGGAAGAAGAAAAUUUUAAUGUUAAGCCUGUAGCUACGUUACCUGAUGGACAGAUAGUCAGGUUUCAGCCUUUAAUGAAUGAAGCAGCAAAAUCAUUGCUUAGGCAAAUCCUGAAAAUAAAUGCAUCUGCUCGGCUGGAGCCAAAAUUUAACAAUACUAGCGGUUUCUUAACUGAUAACACGCAUUCUACACCAAAUGUAUUAGACAGUGGUGAAACAGCAAAUCACAUUUCUGGAGUUAGUCUCUCAGAGGUCCUACCAACUCCCUCAAUGCCCCAUCUGGCAUCAGAAACAGGACUUGCUUUCAACCACCAUCCAACUUCGGUUUCUCAGAUCCAGCCCUCAUCUGGCGUGGUGCCCAAUGAUGCUAAAGUUACCAAGUUCCCAGAGAUGAAUGCUCUUAGUUCCAAGGUGGAUAAAGCUUUAUCCAAUUUUUUCCAAGCGCAGGGGCAUAUGACAGAUGAUAAUGCUAACCAUUUUGAUCGUAUGAGGAGUGAGAGUCAGGAUGUGGGGUAUAUAGACACACCAUCAGGUUUUGUUGAUGACAUUGUACCAGAUGGAUUUUCUUCUGACCCUGACAUUGAUGUUUUGAUGGAUGAGAUGCCUAAACUCCCAGGCAUUAAUGAUGUUUUCUGGGAUCAAAUUCUUUCAGCAAGCCCUCUCACAGGAGACACCGAUGAUAUUAAUUCUGUUGUAUUGGAAAAUGGAGUUGAGGAACAUGAUCUACAAACGGAAGAUGUUGAAUGGGAUAAACUGAAGCAUAUGAGUCAUCUUACUGAACAAAUGGGUCUUCUUGCGUCUGGGUCAUCCAAUGCUGUGUGAUUGUAUAUUUUCCACUGCAUCACCAGAGGGGGGGUUAUCUGAGUUGCACAACAAGGCUCAAGCUCAGAAACUGUUCAUUUACUCGUUUUUUUUUUGUAAAUUUCCCUUGUAUUUCUAUAUAUAUACUUUUUGGUGUUUUGUUAUAUAAAAAUCCUCAGCUGAGAGAAGAGUGUAUUACAAUGAUCUGCUUUUGCUUUUCAUGACUGUCACCCCAAAGUUGUGAAAGUGCAUUAGUUGAUAACUGAUAUUGGUAUGAAGUAACUAGACUCAUUGAGCCAGCUAA